GUUUGAAGGUCGAAUGACACUAUAUGAGGCAGGUUCGAAGUACUCCUCGUGAUGGAUUUAACUAUACUGUGUGGUCAGGGUGAACUCUUACCUUGUGACCCAGAAUGUUUGCUAAUAUAUGUAGGUUUAUUGCAAAAUAUAGACAUAAAACUAGUGCUAUAUAAAACUGAAAGGUGCCCCCAUUAACCUGAAAAUGCAGUCACCAGUAGAGGGUAAUGCCAGCGGUUAUCCGAUUCUCUGCCAUGACAGCAAAAAUUACAGUGGAAUCCCGGUUAUUCUCACUUAUCUCAGAAAAGAAGUUUGUGUUUCGGUCGUUUGAUCCAACCCAGGGGAUCCGAGGUUCGAAUCCCUCUCCACCUAUAUUAGCUUAAGCGACCGGAUAAUAUCAUUUGCCCUUAAUCAAUGAGUGUUAUAAGCCGGCACCGGGUUGCUGAGUUGUAACUGAUACACUUCCAGAUAAGUCAAUCGAUGGAAUUCCUGAACCUCGAUCAUUUCAUGUGCAUGGAUCAUAUCUUGUGCAUACCUGUUCAUCAUUUACUUCGUUAUGUUAUGUUUGCGAGAGUAAGUUUAAAUCAAGCCAUAGUUAAUUACAUUCAUAUGUUGUGUCAACUUAUGAGAUCACUAACUCAACCAGGGGCACGUACAUUACGUGGGUGAGGGUCCGUAUGGCAACUUCCGAAAUCAAGACGUAAUAAUCACAUUCAAAAAUGUAUUCAGGUUGCAGUAUUUUUCCUGCUAUUGAAAAUGAAAAAUCUAUAGCAGCUUACUUCAAUGUAGUUUUUGGAAAUGCCUAUGCUCAUAAUGUAAUUUCUAAAACUCCUAAUAUUGUUGCCAUGUAGGUAUAUGUGACACAUUCUUUUGCGGCAAUACUAUACUGCGCUUUACAUUUGUUUAUUAUGGCAAGUAUAACCAAAUUAUUCAGUAAACUGCCUCAUUACUACUUCAUGGUAGGGGAAAGGAGUUGGGCGUAGUCAGAUUAAAAUUUGGCAUAAGUUCGUGAAGUCUUUAACUAUUGGUUUGAGCUAGCCAUAUAUUGGGGUAUAUACUGCUAGAAUUCUAAAAAUACUAAGAACUAAUGCCUUGGGAUUGUUGGUAGUAUGACUCUAAAUCAUUCUUAAUGGCACAGAUGUAUUCACUCUCCGUAAUCGUCCAACUCCAUUUAGUCUGCAUUUUACUGUCCUCGCGUACAUUUCUUCUCGUCAUAAUUCUUUUGAUUUUUCCUCCCUCUUAUCCACCUUUCUGUGCUACAUGAAGUGUGGUAACUCGAACUGUUUCACUUUUUUUGCAGAGUUCUGCGUGGAAACAGCCAAUCAGUAAAAUACCUCAUUACUACCUGUUAAAAAUAUUGAUGUAAUUUUAUUAACCAAUUGUGUAUUGAUCGAAAUUCUGAAUAUAAUCCAAUGCUAUCACUUUAAUAUUUUCAUUAAUCCAAUUAACAGAAUUAUGGUUUAGAAUAUGAAUUAUCCGAUACGGAAGGUGUUAAACUAUGCGCUCUUAUCUCAGCUAUUGAGCGCCGUCUAGCACCUGCUGUAAAUUGGUUUCUAUGGGCAGAUGAUUGUGUUUAUACAAAGUUCACAAGAAAGAUGUAUUUUGAAUCAAUUGGCUUCAUGCGCCAACUAUAUAUUCCACAUAUAUGGCGUAAUGAGAAAAUAAAAAGGGCAAAAUCUUCUCAGUUAGUUAUUUGCCUUAAGAAAAUGUCUGAAUUAGAAAUUGGAGAGCAUUUAUAUUCUUUGGCCAAAGUUUGUAUUACAUCACUUUCGUAUGUUUUAAAUGAGAAUACUUAUUUUGUGGGAAAUAGACCAACUGCUGUAGAUGCUUAUGUAUUUGCAUUUAUUUGGCCAUUACUUCUCUAUGAAUCUGAGCAUGGUGACUCGAAUUGGUGGGAUAUUGAUUAUACUAAGGUGCCGUCAUCCGUAUCAUCGUUAUCGUCAUCAUCUGCACAUGUACAAUCAAGUACACACCAAUUAAUUACACACUUAUUGCAAUGCUCUAAUUUAAUUCGUUAUUUUAAGCAUAUAUUGGUGAAAUAUUUUCCAAAACAAGUUAAGUACUUUAAAAAAGAUAAGUCUUCUCCUGUAGGCGAAUCCACUUUAUCGCAUCCAGUACGUGAUUGUAUUCUCUGGGGUACAGGUGUAGCCGGUCUAUUUCUCACUUAUGCGUAUUAUUCAAAUAAUUUAAAAAUUCUUCAAAGAUUUCGAUCAACAUGAUGAGGCAGUGAUCUUAGCUCGGUGUAGUUCAGCUCAGCUCAACUCAACUCAUGUCAGCCAUUCAGGCAUAAUUUUAUCCAUGACGAGAAUAUUCUUCUUCGUUUUAAACGUGAAAAAGCCUGUAAUUCAUCUCACUUUUCAAUUCAUGCAUAAUCAGAAUUUAGCAUAAUUUUUGUAAAUAUAGAAUUACUUGUU